CUUUCAGGGGUUGACCUCAGCAAAUAUGGCUCCUGAGGCAGCUCGGGGCGGCGGUGAGGGCACAGCGUGCCCCUACCCAAGAUGGCGCCCGUGCAGCCCUGCUGGGCUGGUACCCUGAACAAAGAUGGCCGCCGGCGAGGACGGCGCCUACCUGCCCUUACCCAAGAUGUCGGCCCCGCCUCAGCGGGGCGGUGCGGGGAGACAUGGGGCGGUGAAGGUCCGUGAGGGGAGCCGGGGCUGCUCUCUGGGGGCGUCCUCCACUCCGGGAGUCGCCUGGAAAAGGCUGGCGAGGGCUGGGCUCGGCCGGGUGAGAGCGGCGUGGGCAGGCGGCUGGAGGACGAUGUCCUCCCAGAACUCGAGACGUUUUCGGUUGGAGCGCAGACGGCGUCAGAGGCAGAGCUGAAAGGAGCAGAGGUUCUGCUGGGAGGGGGCCCCGGGAUGCGCUUACCCUGGUGCUGCAUUCAGGAGCAUACGACCAUUCCUGCCCUUGCAUUGCAAGAUUAACGAAGUCUUUCUGAGUAAUUCCAAAAAUACUAUCCAACAUGCCUGAAAAUCCGGCUGCAGAUAAACAGCAGGUGCUGCAGAUCCUUGAUCGUCUGCAAGCAAAACUGCGUGAGAAACGAGAUGCCCAGCAUAAUGAAAACCUGACUGUUUUGCGUAACACACUCAGGAGCCCUUUGUUUAACCAGAUACUGACCCUCCAGCAAUCCAUCAAGCAACUGAAGGAGCAACUCAAUUAUAUGCCUCCUGACUGGUCAGUAGAUUUUGAUUUUACCAAGAGAGGACUACUAGUGUUUGCUGACAAAUCAGUUGCUGCUGGAAGCGUGUGUAUGCCUCGCAGUUCACCUGAACCCAGAGCAUCUACCUUCAUUCCCAACCUGGGAGUUAAUGAAUUUAACGCAAUCAUCCAACAGAUGGCAAAGGGGAGACAAAUAGAAUCGAUAAAGAUUGAAAAGCCUUCUGUUGGAGGUCUUGGAUUUAGUGUGGUUGCCCUUAAAAAUCACAGCUUGGGAGAAGUUGGUAUCUUUGUCAAGGAAGUCCAGCCAGGAAGCAUAGCUGACAGGGAUCAAAGACUAAAGGAAAAUGACCACAUACUGGCCAUUAAUUGCACCCCAUUGGAUCAGAACAUUUCCCAUCAGCACGCUAUUGCACUCCUCCAGCAAGCCACAGGAUCUUUACAUCUGGUUGUUGCUAGGGAGCCAGUUCAAGGAAACAGCAGAACUUCGUCUCUCUUAUUAAGUGAUAUAAAUCCACCUGAGACCAUUCACUGGGGCCAUGUUGAAGACGUUGAGCUGAUUAACGAUGGCUCGGGAUUAGGCUUUGGAAUUGUAGGAGGAAAGACGAGUGGUGUAGUUGUAAGAACGAUUGUUCCUGGGGGAUUAGCAGAUCGGGAUGGGAGGCUCCGAACGGGAGAUCACAUCUUACAGAUUGGAGGGACCAACGUGCAGGGAAUGACCAGCGAACAAGUUGCACAAGUGCUGAGAAACUGUGGGAAUUCUGUUAGGAUGAUAGUUGCAAGAGACCCCAAGUGUGAAAUUACGGACAGUCCGCCAGCUCCUGUGAGCUGGCCCGUUAGUACGUUACCUCCCUUUCAGAAUGGAAACGAUAAUGCCAACCUUUUUGAGACCUAUGAUGUUGAACUUAUAAAAAAGAAUGGGCAAAGCCUGGGCAUAACAAUUGUUGGAUAUGCUGGCACAUGUGAUGUAGAACCUUCAGGGAUUUUUGUGAAAAACAUAAUUCCUGGUAGUGCUGCUGACCACAACGGCCAAAUUCACGUUCAUGACAAAAUUGUUGCGGUUGAUGGAGUUAAUAUACAGGAUUAUACCAACCAAGAAGUGGUGGAGGCAUUGCGUAACACAGGACAGGUUGUACGCCUUACCUUGCUUAGAAGGAAACCUUCUUCUACCAUUUCUUCAGAAAGAUGCUCAGAUAAAGUGCAGCCAACUGUUCCAGCCUUAGUAUCCCCUGGAGCUGUAGGGACUGAAACUAGUGUGGACAGUAAGAAUGAGGAAAUCCAAAAACAGAAGGAUAAUUUUCAGACUGAAAAGAAGCAGAGCCUACAUAAAUCAGGAAGAGUCCCAUUUCCUCCAGCAUAUGAGCUGAAAUCCAAGUGGGAAAACCUGCUGGGACCUGAAUAUGAAGUUAUGGUUGUGAAUGUGGAUAUGCCCAUCACGGAUGACUCAGAACUCCAGAAGUACUCAAAGCUAUUACCCAUCCACACUUUGAGAUUAGGAGUUGAGCUUGACACGUUUGAUGGGCAUCAUUACAUAUCAUCAAUUGCUUCAGAUGGUCCUGCUGCAACACUUGGUCUUCUGCAACUGGAAGAUGAACUUCUAGAGGUAAAUGGAGUUCAGCUGUAUGGAAAGUCACGCCGUGAGGCAAUCACUUUUCUGAAAGAAGUGCCACCUCCAUUUACGAUGGUUUGCUGUCGGCGACUUUUUGAUGAUGGCAAUGAGUCUCUUUUGGAUGAACCCAUUGUGGGAGUUUCACCUCCAGAACAAAAGGUGAAACCUGAGGAAGACAUUAAUCCUGAAGAAGAAGGGGAAUUAGCGUUAUGGUCUCCUGAUGUGAAGGUUAUUGAACUAGAGAAAGACAAAAAUGGCUUAGGAUUCAGCAUUUUAGACUAUCAGGAUCCCUUAGAUCCAACAAGAACAGCCAUUGUGAUCAGCUCUUUGGUGGCAGGUGGAGUAGCUGAACGUGGUGGUGAGCUUUUACCGGGUGACCGCUUGGUGUUUGUCAAUGAGAAGUAUUUGGACAGUGCAACUUUGGCAGAGGCAGUGGAAGUUUUGAAAUCUGUGCCGCCAGGAAGAGUUUCUCUUGGAAUCUGCAAACCUUUGGUGGGAGAAAGCAAAGAGGAACAGAACAUGCACGGUGUGGAUACCAGAAGCGUUAAACCCAGCCCUGGAUCUCCAGAGCCAACAGAUAAUUUCUCAAUAAUACUUGAAGCACCACAGGGCUUCAGAGAUGAAACACCUUUUAAAGAAGAAGCUGUUGAUGAACCAAUUUUGGACUUGGGAAGGUCAUUCCAGCUUUCUAAAAAUGACAAUGAGUACGAGAAGGAGUCCUGGGAGAUGCGUGAAUUUUGGAAACCCAGAACAGAAGACGUGGAUGAGGAACGGGAGAUGUUGGUAGAUGAUGUGUAUGAAGACCAUUUAGACUUCCUGAAAUACAGUGCCUCGCAUCGGCAGGAAGCAGGCUCAGAGAAGAACCUCAAUACAGACCAAUGGGCUGAGAAACUUGAGGCAGCUAAAACACAAGACUUCAGAUCUGGCGUUAACUUAAGUCCUGAGCAGUCCCUGGAAUACCCAUUCAGUAAGGAGCAAAUGUAUGAAGAAAAUGCUAGCGUAAGUUCGCUGUCUUCUGGAACUACAGCACACAGCAGCUAUCAAAAAGGCAGAUUGGAUACUGAAGCUACCCAGUCAGGAACAGAAAAACAGAUGGAUUUAGGUACGAAGCUUUGGAUCGACUCUAAAGUAACUGGGCUUGCUGUUGACCUAGAAGCUAUUGAAAAGGAAGAACUAAAAGGGGAGGAUUUUGGUUUUUGCAACAACCAGCAAUCUGGGAGAGUUACCACCUUAGCUCAGCCCAGAACAGUGUCAUACAGUGAACUGCCUGAGAGAGAAGAAGGAGAAGGAGAAGAAACUCCAAACUUCAGCCACUGGGGACCACCACGGACUGUUGAGAUCUUCAGAGACCCACAUGUGUCUCUUGGAAUCAGUAUUGUUGGUGGACAAACUGUCAUAAAGCGCCUGAAGAAUGGAGAGGAACUUAAAGGGAUCUUUAUCAAACAAGUUUUGGAAGACAGCCCAGCAGGAAGAACAAGGGCUUUAAAAACUGGAGAUAAAAUACUAGAGGUUUCUGGGAUAGACCUACAGAAUGCCACACACGAGGAAGCAGUAGAAGCUAUCAAGAAUGCAGGAAAUCCUGUUGUGUUCGUAGUUCAGAGUCUGUCUAACUUACCAAAAGUGGUUUCUGCUGUACAGCCUAAGGGAGUCAAAGUCAGCAAAGAUCAGGAUGCAAACAAAGAAAAUAAGAGUGAAAAGAGAAAGUAUGGGGCUCCACCUCCAAUGAAAUUGCCGCCUCCUUAUAGAGCACGUGAAAGACUGCCCUCGGAGGAAGCUAACGUGGAUGAAGAGGAGGAAGAGCCUUCUGCAGAGAAAAAAAUCAGGCAAAGAUAUGCAGAUCUACCGGGAGAGUUGCACAUUAUUGAGCUUGAGAAAGACAAAAAUGGGCUUGGACUGAGCCUUGCUGGCAACAAGGACCGAUCUCGUAUGAGCAUCUUUGUGGUUGGGAUCAAUCCAGACGGACCUGCAGGACGAGAUGGGAGGAUGCAUAUUGGCGAUGAGCUUCUAGAGAUAAACAAUCAGAUAUUGUAUGGAAGAAGUCAUCAGAAUGCUUCUGCAGUAAUUAAGACCGCCCCAUCAAAGGUCAAGCUAGUUUUCAUACGAAAUGAAGAUGCCGUCAAUCAGAUGGCUGUUACUCCUUUCCCAUUGCCUUCCAGCUCCCACUCUUCUAUCGAGGAUCAUGGUGGUGCCGAAACUGGAAGCAGUGAAGAAGACCCAAGUCUAGAUGUUGUCAUGAAAAGCCUGACUGAUGAGGAAUCCAAUAAAGCUGAUGUGAAAUGUAAAGCUGACAAACCAAUAUUGGUGGAUCUGUCGGAAGCAGAGGAGCAGCUCCCAGAAAAUGUUCUCAACCAGAUCAAGCAAUCUAAAUCUUCAACAAAUGUACCCGUCAACUUGCAGGAGAUACCCCUGGUGUCAGCACCUACUUAUCUUCCUCCAGACACAGAAGUCACCAGCCGCAGUGUCUUUCCACCUCUGUUGCCUGUGGAUCCAGCAACAUGUCCUAUUGUUCCUGGGCAAGAGAUGACUAUAGAGAUAUCUAAGGGUCGGUCAGGGCUUGGACUCAGCAUUGUCGGAGGGAAAGAUACUCCCCUGGAUGCCAUCGUGAUCCACGAAGUUUAUGAAGAAGGGGCAGCAGCCAGAGAUGGCAGGCUUUGGGCCGGCGAUCAAAUCCUUGAGGUGAACGGGAUCGAUUUGCGGAACGCCAACCACGAAGAAGCUAUCACUGCGCUGAGACAGACGCCUCAGAAGGUGCAAUUGGUUGUUUAUAGAGAUGAAGCUCAUUACAAAGAUGAAGAAAACUUAGAGAUUUUCCAUGUAGAUAUUCAAAAGAAAACAGGCCGGGGACUAGGGCUCAGCAUAGCUGGAAAACGAAAUGGAAGUGGAGUGUUUAUCUCUGACAUUGUUAAAGGAGGAGCUGCAGACCUAGAUGGAAGAUUAAUUCAAGGAGAUCAGAUUUUGUCUGUUAAUGGAGAGGAUAUGAGAAAUGCCUCACAAGAGACUGUUGCCACUAUACUUAAGUGUGCCCAAGGCCUAGUGCAUCUCGAGCUUGGGAGGUUGCGAGCUGGAUCGUGGCUGUCAGCACGGAAAACAUCCCAAAACAGUCAGGCGAGCCAACAGAGUGCCCACAGCCAUUUCCACCCCGCACUCGCUCCGGUCCUCUCUACCUUGCAGAAUUUUGUCAGCACGAAAAGGUCUUCAGCAGAUGUGUCUCAGAGAAACUCAGUAGGAGCGGAUACGGGCCCAAGGACUGUGGAGAUAACAAGGGGACCAAACGAUGCGCUUGGUAUCAGUAUAGCAGGAGGGAAGGGGAGUCCUUUGGGAGAUAUUCCCAUCUUCAUUGCUAUGAUUCAAGCCAGUGGUGUGGCUGCACGUACCCAAAGACUCAGAGUUGGAGAUCGGAUUGUCAGUAUUAAUGGGCAACCUUUGGAUGGGCUGUCUCAUGCAGAUGCUGUUAAUCUACUAAAGAAUGCUUAUGGGAGCAUUAUCCUGCAGGUUGUGGCUGAUACCAACAUCAGUGCUAUCGCUACCCAGCUGGAGAGCAUGUCUGCAGGAUGUAACCUCAACUCUUCUUCUGAGCAUGCUUCUGAAGAUCCUGAAGCACCUCAGCCUAAGAUUAUUACUUUGGAGAAAGGCUCUGAUGGACUGGGAUUUAGUAUUGUAGGGGGGUAUGGAAGUCCCCAUGGAGACCUGCCCAUUUAUGUCAAGACUAUAUUUGCCAAGGGAGCAGCUGCGGACGAUGGCAGACUGAAGCGUGGCGAUCAGAUUUUAGCAGUUAAUGGGGAAGCUUUGGAAGGUGUUACUCAUGAGCAAGCUGUAGCUAUUCUGAAGCGCCAGAAAGGAACUGUGACAUUAACGGUGUUAUCAUGAAUGUCAUUGCACUUGCAGAGAUAAAUACAAUUAUUUUAGAACAUCAGUAGAGCUAUAAUAAUACCGUUCAGCCCUGAGCCGGAUGUAAAGCAAACUCUGGCGAAAAUUAAUCAGUAUUCACCCCAUUGCCAGAAUGGGUAGUGUGCAUCUUGAGCUUCAUUUAGCCUUCCCCGUCGAUCAGCCUUUCACCCCACCCUCCCCUACUUCUGGUGGCUUUUAAGUUUCCCCUGGACAAGUCUAAUUAAGAAACUUCAAAGAAUAAUAUCAGUUUUACGUUCUGCAUCAGUUUAUCCCCACCGGUCUGAACCCAGAUACAACUGCUGAACCUGGGCUCUGUUCGCACACAAAAGAGAAUUUAGAUCAUCAGCUGAUCUCAUCUGAUGAGCAGAAAUAAACGCUGAGUGACUUGUCAUCUCACUCGUGAUUUACUUAUGCUAAUUGUCCUUUCAAGUAUGCCAGAAAACAUUAGCAAUGUAAUUAAAUUACCACUGUUCCAAAUGAUGAAAUAUCAAAUUCUCCUCUGGGAAAUUAUUUGUGCUCGGCACAGUAAGUCUGAUAGUCAAAUGUGAACUUCUCAUGUUUAUCUCUUUGGGUAGGUCUAUGGAAGUUAGUCAGAGGUAAUUACUGUGAUGUGUCAAUUUGCAGCCUUUAGCAUGAAAAAUAAACUAGGGGAGAGGCGAGUUUUUUUUUUUAGGCUUUUAAAACAUUUGAGCCUUUUCAGAUAUUUAAGCAGCAUGAACAACAACGUAUCUCGUUCUAAUUAUAUUUUUAAAGAAGAAAUGUGCUGAUAUACGCCAGGCAUGUUGCAUACAAAGACAGUUGUUGUGCCAAGUUGCAGCAUAAUUGUUCAUCCUGAAACUUUAAUGAAGACAAAAGUUUGCUUCGGCAACGUGAUCCAAUAAUUCUGGUAAUGAUGGCGAGCUGUCCCUCUGCACAUUGUCUUUAAGGCUAGAUGAAGUUAAUCCAAACCAGCAAACCAUUUCCAGGAGGCUCCUCGGGAACAGAUAGCGCAGGAGGAGGUUUUCAUGGAUCACAGAGGAUGGCUCUCUCCUGGGGGUGCCGGAGCUCAGGUUUGGGUAAUACCACGUAACACCAGGCAGCCGUGAGCUGGUCGCUGCAGAGAACUGCUGGGGCAGGGUGAGGAGCUGUCCUCCCCGGGGCAGAGCACGCAGCGGGUGGGGUGGUUCCCAGCCUUGCCCCCCAGGUCAGACGGUGCAGUCGAAGCCCCUGACUUCUUUGCUUUGACCUUGGCCAGGAGGGAGCACACUGAAACCCACAAGGAGCCCUCCCGGGGCUCCCUGUGUGGCAGAGGUGGGGUGCAGCAGCGUUCAGACAAAAUUCGGUAACUGGGUUACGUGCCGCAGCCGUUCCUGCAGUGAUUAUACGGCUGCGGCCUUGGCGAUUUAGAAAAUGAGUUUGGCAGGCAGAUUAAUGGCAGUGCCAGUCAUUGUGGUUUAAUCUUCCCAUGCAGAGGAACGGUGGGGUUUUGGAGGAAGCAGCCCAGUCUGAUUCGGGCUAUUUGGUGUAAUUUAUAAUGAUGAUGUAGCUGGGAGAAAUGAAAAAGGGGGGGGGAGGGAUCAAAACUGGCUGUUUGACGUGAAAAAUCCUUAGAAAUAAAUGGAAGGAGAAUUCAGAAGCUGUACUGUAAUAACUGAGUAGCCCAGGCUUAGCAUUAAGUGCAGUUGGUCUGUGCGCUGUAGCUGGGUGGCUCUUCCCUCGUUUUAUGGAAAGCACAUACACUGACGCGAGAUGAACUACGCUGAAAUAAGCAAGCUGCGAUUAGCUCUCACUGCAAAGGUUUUCCUUAGUUCAUUUAAAAGUUUUCCUUAGGAAAUCACAAAGUGCAUUUAGCCUGCUGGAGCAGUUAGUGGGUGUUGUGUUAAUGGUAUUGAACCGAGGAAUUCUUAACAGACUGCUUUUGGUGGCAGAAGUGUCCAAGGCAUGCAGAAGUUGAGGCAGGCAGGUCAGAUGUGAAGAGGUACCCUCAGAAAUAGCGUGUGGAAUUUAUGAACAAAAUGUAAUGAUUCCUCUGAUCGUUUUUAUAGCCGUUGCAUUCCUACUCUAAGAUGUUGCUGCAUUUAAUCGAUGAAGUUUUACAUGGCUAUUUGUUAGCCUGUUAUGCACAUACUGUUCAUACUGCACAUAAAGAAUAGGAUUUAUGGGCUGGGAUAUUUUGCACUUCUCAUUGCUCAGAAUGAGAUAACAUUUUCUGCUUCUUGUAAUUUGCACUUUGUGUCUUGAAUAUAUUACUGCCAAAAAUCAUAUUGCAACUAAUUGAUAAACCAGUGACCAUGCGGAGAAGCGUGUGCUGUUGUACAGGACCAAGUUAGAUAAUUAAAUUUGCAUUACGCUUGUCUGGGUCGAGGUGUUCUGGUUUGUUUAAAACUUUAUUUCUGUGCAAGGGAAAAGCAAUUAAACCUCCUGAUUGUAUGUUUACAUAUAUCAGUAAAAUAAGACAUUUUAUGACUUCAAAGAUUCUAAAUAAAUCUCGGUUACAUAAGUAGCUGUGCAUUAUUUUUUUUUAAGGCAUUGCAAAAUUGUAUUGCAUGAGAUGUCUUUGUUUGCUCAUUAUUGCCUUCCUAGGGGAGCAGGAGCCGCCGCAGCUGCAGGAGCGACCAGAGGCCGUGGUGCCAGCUGGGGGCUCCUGCCCAGGUCACCGGCUCGCUCUGGAGCGAGACCCUCACGGGGAGGGAGCCCAGCCCGCCUUUGUGCGUCUGUGCUCCGUCAGAGGGCUACUGCUGCCUUGCAGGUGGCUCCUGCCUGGUAAAGGUUUUGAAUCAGGGGAACUUCACAAAAGGUGGCUCACGUGAGAGACCAAGGGCGUAGUGUGCAGGCAGCAAAAACUGGGGGGAGAAAAGAGGAGUGAAGGCAAAGGCCCAAAGCAAGUGGGUUGUGACGGGAGGGAUCAGACUUGACGAGAAGGGUGCCUGCAGCAGGAACAUCUCUGCUGUAGGUGUGCUCACAGCCUUUUGGACGUGCUACAACACUGCUGCUUGAACUCGUCUGUGCUGGUGGAAGGGCCGUCCUGCCUUGGUCUGAGGACUCCCUUGUCAGAGCCUUUUCUUUUAGCAGGUUCAGUCCCUCCUUUCAGCAUCAAGCACACCCUUAACAGUACCAGGAGCCAUGUCAGGGCUGUUUGCAUUUCCAGGCUGAUUCUGCCAAGAAAAGUACAAGUUACAUCUCCUGUUAGAUUCUGGGACUUGUCAUCCCCCAGGUGAGCUCCCUGCAUGCCAGGGCGCAGAGUCUGUCCAGGCAUCACCCCGCUGCCACGCGCCGAGACGAGGCUCGGGCAGCCCCAUGCAUCGCGGCGGGGAGGGCAGGGCCGGGCAGCCAGCAGAGGGGUAGCGAGGGGCCUGUGUCAAACUGUACUGCUGCGUAAGGAAUAGCUGUAAUGCCUCUAAAUUCCCUGUAAUUAAUCAAAGGGCGAUUACCACCCUCGUAGUACGACACGUAGAGAGCCCGUUGAGGUAACACGAUUACGCUGAGAUGGAGCAGUUAAUGUACCUUCGCCUGGAAGAGCUGGAAUGGAUUAAUUUAACGUUACACAUGUAUAAAACAUUAGUUUUUACAGUUGUGCCGAGCAUUGAUAUAUAAUUCCAUUAUCACUUUUUCCACGGUUUCGUACUUCCAUAUCCAUAAUUUAGCUGUAUUUACAUUCUGUUUAAGCAUUGCUGUGGUCAUUGUUUCCAUCUCAGCAGCAGUGGGCCUUUUUGUUCUCUAAGGCUCACAGCCCUGCGAUGCCCGCACCUCCUCGGGUGGUGACAGCGGAGAUGCCCUGGUUCUGCAGCACCCCAGGCUGAAAGGGGAGCAGGAGCACCUCCUCUUCGCCUUCAGCCUCGUCGCAAUGGGCCCCUGAGCUCUCUGCUCCCUGCGCAAACGUGGCAAAGCAAAGGGCUUCAAGCAGUUUGUUCCUGAGUCCUGCACAGAAAGGCUCAGCGGCAGCACGAGCACUUCUCAUCCCUGGCACCACGGCCUCUGCUGGAGGUGGUGUGCCUCUGUAAGCGCUCGCUCAAAAUUAAAAAUUACAUCCUUA